UAAAAACACAGACUAAGGCAGGGAAAAGAACAAAACGAAAACCCAAUUUGGCGAGGAGGUGGUUGCUUCCCACGCGACCAGAAGACGCGUUUGAAGUCGCAGACGACACAGGUCGUCGGUGUUUUCGUUUGCAGACGAUUCAUGCGGUUACGACAUGUGCACUUAUGGCGGAAGUCUUCCCAAGGCGAGAAGGUUGACGAGAUGAUAUCGUGCCGACGCUUGUUGAGGUUUAUCAUUUUCGUGUUCCUCGCAUCCACAUUCGUCACGUCCGUGCCAUGGAACAUCGAGAUCCCGAGUCCCCCUCCUUCCGUCGUCACUUCCGACUCCUGUUCACGAAUGACGUCAACCUCGCUUCCUGCCAGGGUGGCCAACUUUUCUCACAUUCUGCAGCUGGCAGCCGAGUAUGGCGUGCGCGAAGCUGAAAAAUACUCGGACACCUUCGGUUUCUCACAUUCCAAGUACGAAAACCUGACAUGGCCUCGGUUUCGAAGGCGGCCCGACGCGAAAAUAGUGGAGGAGGUAGCGUUCGCAUCGCAGUUUGCGACGGAGUUCGUUGCCGACAGGCUAAGGCUUGACCAUGACGUCAUCUUCAGAGAACUACCCUGCAUCGACACACUGACCACCGCUGGCUUCGGAAAACUCUGUCCGGAAAAGCUUCGAGAGUUCCACUUGUGUCCCAGGAGAGCGCUAGACCAGGCCACAAGCGACGCCCGUUGCAACAACUUCAACCAGCCAUUCUGGGGCUCAUCUUUCACACCUUUACUACGGCUCCUUCAACCCAGGUACGCUGACGGGAUAUCGAAAAUCCGUUCUUCAACAACAGGUGUGCCAUUGCCGAGCGCUCGCCUGCUUAGCCAAACGUUGUCCCUGGAUACGAACAACCCGGAUCCGAAGGCGACGCUGAUGCUCAUGCAAUGGGGACAGUUCUUGGACCAUGACCUUUCCAUGGCCUCUAUGACUAUCUCGCGCACCGGGUUCCCUCCCGGAUGUUGUCAUCAUUUGGCUUCGUACGAUUCGUCACAUCCGGCUUGCUUGCCCAUCAAGGUGUCAUGGAAAGAUCCGUUCUACAGGAAGUUCAUGAUGACCUGCAUGGACUUCGCGCGUUCGGCCCCCGCAGCUAAAGAAGCUUGCGCUUUGGGGCCACGUGAUCAUAUCAAUCAGGUCACGGCGUUCAUCGACGCAUCGACCGUAUAUGGUUCCUCACCCGAAGAGGCUCAGCUGUUAAGACUGUUUAGUAAAGGCCGGUUACGUGAAAUGGAACUUCCGGGGUUCAAGCCGCUUUUGCCUCCUGGCACAGACGCUGAAAUAAUGGAAUGUCAAAUGCGAGGAAGAAACUCAAAAUGCUUUCUGGCAGGAGAUACCAGAGCGAACGAACAGCCCGGUCUGACCGCCCUGCAUACCGUAUGGAUGCGUGAACAUAACAGGGUAGCACAGGCCCUAUUUUCCCUAAAUCCCGAUUGGGACGACGAAAAGAUAUUUAAGGAAACCCGACGUAUUAUUGUAGCCGAAAUCCAGCACAUCUGUUUGAACGAGUUCCUGACAGCGAUUUUGGGCGAGACCGUGGUCCAAAUCUUCGGUCUUAAGCAUCAGCGCAGCGGCUACUUCUACGGUUAUGAUCCAGAGGUUAACCCCAGCAUCUCCAACGUGUUUUCGGCAGCAGCGUUUCGCUUCGGACAUAGCCUCGUUCCGCAUGCCUUUCAUCGUUACGACAAGCAUCAUCGUCUGCUUAGGAAUGACACACCGUUGCACUCCGAGUUCUUCAAUCCGACAGAACUCUUCAAACCCGGUGCUCUGGACAGACUACUGUUCGGACUUCUCAACCAACCGGCGCAGAGCAUGGACGAGUACUUGACGCCGGAAGUGACCAAUAGACUGUUCCAACCACAAGGGCGACGUUUCGGAUUGGAUUUAAUGGCAGUGAAUGUUCAGAGGGGAAGAGACCACGGAAUUGCACCCUACGUAUACUGGAGGUCCUACUGCGGCCUUCAAGCUGUGAAAAGUUUCGAGGACCUCUUCUUGUUCAUGGAUGGUGGAGCUGUGGAGGCUUUCAAGAAACUCUAUGCGUCCUUGGAAGAUAUUGACUUGUUCCCGGCAGCCCUCGCUGAAAAGCCUGUCCUAGAUGGAAUAGUUGGUCCAACGUUCGGAUGCCUCAUUGCUGAACAAUUUGUGAGACUCAGGAAAGGUGACAGGUUCUGGUACGAGAAUGGAAGGUUCGAGUCAUCGUUCAAGAAAGAUCAAAUGGCGGAACUUCGGAAAGCAACCAUGGCAAGGAUUCUGUGCGACAACAUGGAUGAUAUUGAUACAGUGCAGAUAAAUGUCAUGGAACAAGCAAACCAAAGAAAAAAUCCGAGGCGCAAGUGUUCGAGUAUUCCGAAACUGGACCUCCUUCGGUGGAAAGAGUAAUAUAUUUAUUUAGGAUUUUACGUAAAUAAAUGAGGACGCGUGUGUCGUGGGGUGGUUUUGUGUGCGUGUAUCUGAUGAUCACUCAACUGACAAAAUAAGAUACAGAAUGUCACGAUGACGCGACCACCUCACGUCACGAGACGCGAAGAGCCUCUGGGUGAAUUCGUCGCCACUGCGCUCCCUUUUUGCAAAGCAAUUUUCUCGUGUGUUUGUACCUUCUUCUCUGUUCCAGCCUCAGAACAUGAAUUUUCAUUCAGUAAAUUCGCACUUCCCAAAGGAAAUAUUUUGCUUGACGGUUCCUGAAGGUAGUAUGCUCAUAUAAUGUAGUUAAAAAAAGAAAACAAAAAUACGUGUUCCAAGUUAUUCCCAUGCUCCUUCAUUGACAGGAAGAACCCCGAAGAAGGUGCGCAUGCGCAUCGUCAUGUCAUUUUAUGUGAUUAAAGUGUAGUUGUAAGUAGC